AUGUGUAUGACAACCGUUCUACGAGGCUUCAAGGUCCCGCUACCUAUACUCGACGCCUUCUUACUCGCCAACAACAUUUACGAGUCUGAGUCACUUUGUCGGGGUAUCCCACCCUUUUACGAAUACAACAGCGUCGACGAGGUCACUACACUCCUGCGUAACAAGGUCGGCAACGGAGAUAAUAAGACUCGUAUCUUUAUCCCAUCACGUACAGGCUUUGACUUUGCAUCGUCCGCCUAUAUUGCUUUCGACUGGAUAGUAGUCUUUGCACAGCACAAGUUGACGGAAUUUGAUACUAGCCCGCCCCCGGGUUUUGAGGAGCUUCGGAGGGAGAUCUUGUCCUACGCCGAAGGGGACGUUUCGCAGGAUGCGAAAUACCAAAAUUCCGUCUAUGUCGUUAUCACUGACGGGCGGUUUCUAAAUCCACCUGAGAUUCACAACCGUAAAAUGCUUGAGACGGAGCAGCCAAGUGCCGAAGUUUGGAUGGAGAUUGACUGA